AUGAACGGUAACGGAGUGUACAACAUCUACAAGGCUGCUCCGAACCAGUUCGAAAAGUCACUAUAUGACCUGAUAAAGGGCCUUAGGAGCCACAAAGGAGAUGAGGAUGGAUAUAUACAGGAAUCUCUUCGAGAAUGCAAGGCCGAGAUCAAAUUGCAGGAUAUGGAUAAGAAGGCUACGGCUCUCUUGAAACUGAUCUACUUGGAGAUGUUUGGCUACGACAUGUCCUGGGCAUCUUUUCAUGUGCUUGAAGUAAUGUCAUCUGCAAAAUACUUACAGAAAAGAGCUGGAUAUCUCGGUGCCGUACAAAGUUUCAGACCAGACACAGAAGUACUAAUGCUAGCAACGAAUCUCUUAAAAAAAGAUCUAGUAUCAUCCAGCAUUUCAAAUAUGUCCCUUCCGCUAAUCACAUUGCCCAGCAUCAUCACCACCUCCCUUGCCAUGUCAUUGCUACCAGAUGUUUUGUCUCGAAUAUCCCACACUCAUGCUGUGGUUCGGAAAAAAGCUAUUGUGUGCCUCUACAGGCUGACACUUGUCUACCCUGACGCUCUGAAACUAGCUUGGCCCAAAAUCAAGGAACGCCUCAUGGACGAUGCAGAGGACUCUAGCGUCACUACAGCUGUUCUAAACGUGGUAUGUGAACUUGGAUGGCGACGACCUCGUGACUUUCUACCUCUUGCGCCGAGGUUAUUUGAAUUGCUUGUCGAAGGUGGCAAUAAUUGGAUGGCCAUCAAAAUAAUAAAGCUUUUUGCCACACUUACUCCGCUGGAGCCACGAUUGGUUCGGAAGUUGCUUCGGCCUUUGGUGAAUAUAAUUCAAACAACAACCGCCAUGUCUUUACUUUACGAAUGUAUCAAUGGCCUGAUACAAGGCGGCAUACUCGAUAGCGAUCAAGGUGCUCAAGAGAAAGACGAAAUCGCCGAUUUGUGUGUGGAAAAACUUCGGGGCAUGGUCGUUUCGGAUUCGGAUCCAAAUCUCAAGUAUGUGGCACUCCUAGCCUUCAACAGAAUUGUAUCGGCAUAUCCCGCGCUGGUUUCGAUGCACCAGGAUGUGAUCAUGUAUUGCUUGGACGAUGCGGACAUCUCGAUUCGACUUCAAGCUCUUGAUCUUGCAACCAGGAUGGUCACUAGCGACAACCUUCAGGGGAUAGUAGAGCGGUUGAUCUUACAGCUGGUCAACUCCAGUGAGUCUACCGGGAAUGACCGCCCCGGGACUGAUGAUGAAUUCUCUGAAGGAGGCGGGGAAAUGAGACGUGAUUCAGCUAACCACAAAAAAACAACACCUUUACCACCUGAUUACCAGCUUGAGGUGUUGCAUCGGGUAGUCGACAUAUGCUCUUACGGAAAUUAUGCAAACUUGUCCGAUUUUGACUGGUAUGUCGGCGCCUUGGUGCGGUUAGUGCAACUUCUUCCGCCGGACGUUGAAGAUGUUGGGCUUCCUCAUAACACUCGUACGGGUAACGAUGCGGAUCACCAGUCACAUAUCACUGGUCGAAUCGGUUCUGAGCUACGCAAUGUGGCCGUUCGGGUCAAGGACGCCCGCACGGAAGCAACUAGGGCUGCAGCCUCUUUGCUUUCUCUUGCAAAUCGGAAAUCCCUUUUGUUCAAGGCCCCAGGCGCAAGCAACGGCAUCUUCGGGCCGCUCGCGUGGAUGGUUGGCGAGUAUGCCGAGCACUUGCUAUCUCCUGGCCAAGCUCUUUUUUCCUUGAUUGAAAUGUCCAAUUUCUCCUUGCCAGGGAGGACGUUAUCCCUCUAUGUGCAAGCCAUUCCUAAGUUGCUCAACACCUUUCUGCCUGAUGAGGGAACAUGGGAUCGAACAAAGAGGAGCGAAAUGUCUCUCAUGUUGGCCCGGGUGAUUGAGUUUCUCAACUCUCUCAGUUUGCAUCCUGACCUUGAAGUACAAGAACGAGCUACCGAAUUCCUUGAGGUCAUGCGCUUGGCAGCAGAUGCUGCACAUUCCGGCUCCCACAACUGGAAUGAAGUACCGUAUCUAUUGUCUACGGUCAUUCCAAACCUAUUCAAAGGACUCGAAUUGAAUCCCGUCUCUGUGAACGCUCAGAAGAAAGUCACGGCACCAGAGCUGCUUCAUUUACACCAGACAUUUAAUGAUAGCCUUUGCGAUCUCUUCGAUAGCGAUCUCGGAACUUCAUGCGGAGAGUAUGAAGUGCCCAGCCACAUGUUCUACUAUUGUAGGGAGGGCAUGUCAUUUGAUAAGCAGCUUGGUGACUUCGCCGCGGUUGACGCAACUUAUGGGACACAGUACCAGACACCAGUGAGUACCAUGGUGGAAGAAGCGUCCACCUACGCUAGAAGGUUGGAUAGCAAGGAACGAAGUAGGGAUGAUCCUUUUUAUAUUGGGACGGAUGACGGAUAUUAUGACAUCUUGAGCCCGCACCAUCCUUCUUUCACCGUCUCUAAUGAAAGCGAAUUGGAUGUUGAUGCCAUUCCGAUAAUCGAUCUCAAGUUGCACGCCGGAAGGGAACAUCGGCCGCCGUCUAUGGCUGAGUCUGACGGCCGGAAAAAAAUAGGAUCACGUCCCAAACGAUAUAAUGUAUUACCCGAUGAGAUGCUAGGAGACGAUGAGGCUGGGGCAGCCAAUAGGACGGGUGAAUCUAGCAAAUGGAAACGGUCUCUGCUUCAGAUCGAUUCCAGUGGGCUGGAACACCCCCAACUUAGCGAGAACAGACCACUCUCGGAUGGUAAUCAAUCAGUCGUGCGGAAGGUCGAAGAUGAGGCAGAGAUGGUUUUGGCAAUGCGAGAAGUGGAACAAUUUCGGCUCAGAUUACAGAGAGCCACAGAGCGAGUGAAGCCAAUGGGCAUCCCUUCGGAGGGAACAUUGGUCAAGAAAAAGAAGAAGACGACGAAACCCGUGGUCAAUGAUAGGCAGGGAACUGGAUGGCCUGAUGAUGAAACAGGUUUAAUCAAGGCCAGCAAUGACCGACAACAGCAGAAGAAGAAGAAAAAGAAGCGGCCCAAGAACUGA